GCCAACCUUAUAACAAUCACGGCCUGUUGCGUGUUGCGUCUUCUGCGCUCGUUUACCAUUUCUCGAACUCUUACUUCUACUUAUUUUUGUUUAUUCUCAUAGUUUUAUGUACGCAUCGAUUGUUUGAUCUAGCUAUUCUGUCAAAACGCAGAAAUUUUACAUCGUUAAUAUUAAUUACACUGUGUGACAGUUAGUUAGGCCCCAAGAUCAGUUAAUGAGAGUUGUUUAUCUUUAUGUUUGCCGUCUGAAUUUUAUUCAUCAUCUAUCUAGUGUGUUCAAAUGAAUAAUUUGGGUGUCUGUCACCAUGAAGAAAUCUUUGCAAGACAUUUAAAUUGAUAUUAAGAACGAACAGCAUGACCGUUACGUGUUGAACGGUUAAACGUACCGAUACGGCCGAUACCUGUACACGCAGAAUAUAGGUUAGGUAUUUCUACAUCAAUCAACGAAUCAACAGGAUGUGGCUUCAGCGAACUGAGUCAACGAACUGAUUUUUGAAUCGAAGAGGCCUCUCCAGCUGUUUGCGUGCGCCACGGCCGCAUUUCAAUACUCAUCGGUUGAAAUCUGCUUGUUGUUUCAUCCAAAAUGAUGUCAAUUCCAAAUGGCAUCUGUACUAUCUCAGAAAUGGAACAUAAAAUUUCUCAAUUGGAAAGAGGCUGUGUUGUUACUGUCUUUUUUCCUCGGCGCAAGCCAGAAACCAAAACAUUGCAAAUUAGAAGAGAGACUCAACAAGUUUUGUGGUCUACUGCGCGCUCUGCUGUGAGCACAGUUGAUUUAUGGGAAGUAAAAGAAAUAAGAGGGGGGAAAAGUUCAAAAGAUUUUGAAAUGUGGCCAGAAGAAGCUCAACACAAAAGCAGUAACCAAUGCUUUUUAAUUCUGUAUGGCUCACAAUUCAAUUUAAAAACUUUGUCAAUAGCAGCAUCAUCAGAAGCCGACUGUCGUACUUGGAUCCAGGCACUUGAGUACCUUGUAGCUGAUACCUUAAAUUCACCUUACCCUCUACAUGUUGAUACAUUAUUACGGAAAGAGAUCUAUAAGAUACCUGGAGAGAAGGUUACUUUAAAAGAUAUGAAAGCAUUCCUGAGGCGUGUAAACUGUAAGAUACCCACUGGAAGAUUAAGAGAGCUUUUCAAUGAGGUUGACACUAGAAAUAGCGCUCAACUUGGCUUUGAUGAAUUUUCAUCUUUAUUUCAUAAGCUAAUGUUUGAUGACAAGCUUUUUAAUGAACAUUUCAAGAAAUAUACCAGCCUAUCUGGAGGGAAGUACUGUGUUACACUCCAAGACUUUCAGAGAUUUCUCCUAGAAGAGCAAAAGGAAAGAAAAGCUGAGAACCCUAAGUGGGUUUCAGAGGUAAUGCGAGACUUUUUGCGGGAUUCUCAAAGAGAGGUCAUGGAACCAUAUUACACCACAGUCGAGUUCAUGAACUUUCUUUUCUGCAAACAAAAUGAUUUGUGGGAUUCUAGUCAUAACAAAGUAACACAAGACAUGAACAGACCACUUUCCCAUUACUGGAUUGCAUCAUCACACAACACGUAUCUCACCGGAGACCAGUUCUCUAGUCCAUCAUCGGUCGAGGCCUAUGUUAGGUGUUUGAGAAUGGGCUGUCGGUGUAUUGAAUUGGAUUGUUGGGAUGGACCAGAAGGCAUGCCAUCCAUUUAUCAUGGUCACACCUUUACAAAGAGAAUCAAAUUUCUUGAUGUCAUUAAGACCAUUAAAGAACAUGCUUUUGUAACUUCAAAGUAUCCCGUCAUAUUGUCUAUUGAGGACAACUGUUCACUCCCUCAGCAAAGGAACAUGGCUGCAGCUAUGCAAAAAGUCUUUGGAGAUUUACUCUUAACAGAACCUGUUGAGAAAAAUGAAACAGCCUUGCCUUCACCUGAUAGGCUAAAGGGAAGAAUUUUAAUAAAACACAAGAAAUUGCCGGACGGUGUAGAGGAAACUUCAUUUGUAGUGCCAAAAGACAAUAGUGAUGGUGCAGAACCAGACUUCCGUAAUACAAACUGCAAGGGGUAUUUGCAUGUGGAGGACCCCUCUGACAAAGAAUGGAAAAAAUACUUUUUCAUGCUCACCCAAAACAAGUUGAUAAGAAUUGACAACAGCCCAUCAGAAAGCAUGGAUAACCAAGAGGAGAGUCGUUCUGAAGACUGGACGGAUACUGAGGAGGAAUCCAAAGAAGAGCAACCCUCUGGUUUCCAACGUCAGAAAGAGGGUGUACCUAAUGAUGAGUUGCAUUUUAGUGAAAACUGGUUCCAUGGAAAGUUAGCACGAGGCCGUGCAGAGGCUGAAGAUCUCCUUCAUCAACAUUCUCAUCUCGGAGAUGGAACCUUUUUAGUUAGAGAAAGUGAAACAUUUGUUGGAGACUAUUCUCUUUCAUUUUGGAGGCAGGGCAAAGUUAACCAUUGUCGCAUUCGCUCAAAGCAAGAAAAAGGACAGAGGAAAUAUUAUCUUAUAGAGAUGAACUGUUUUGACAAUCUUUAUGAUCUUAUUACAUACUAUCAUUCUCAUCCCCUUAAGAGCCAGGAGUUUCACAUUACAUUAAAGAAUCCUGUCCCACAACCUAUGAAACACCAAGGGAAAGAAUGGUUUCAUCCUAAUGUCACACGUUCUCAAGCUGAAGACAUGUUACGACGAGUUCCAGUUGAUGGUGCUUUCCUUGUCCGUCCUUCUGGAGCAAACACAUACGCCCUUUCAUUCAGGGUUGGAAGAGUCAUAAAAACCUGUCGCAUUCAAGUUGAAGGUCGACUGUAUACUAUUGAUUCCAAAGAGUUUGAGAGUCUUGUGGACCUUGUUAGCUACUAUGAAAGAAAUCCCUUGUAUCACAGAGUAAAACUUCGCAAGGCUGUCAGCACAGAGGUGCUGCGACGCAAUGGAACAAAUAUUGAUGAUGGUGCCAAUGUCUAUACAACUCCAGGUUACAUGGAUCCAAGCUGCUUCACAUCCUCUGGAGUGAUUACUGUGAAGGCUUUGUUUGAUUACCAAGCCCACCAUGAUGAUGAGUUGUCAUUCCCCAAGCAUGCCAUUAUCACUAAUGUGCGUAGAGUUGAGGGAGGUUGGUGGCGUGGUGACUAUGGUGGGAAGAGGCAACACAUGUUCCCAUCUAAUUAUGUAGAGGAGUUGCAUAGCAGCUCUGACUGCGAGCAGUCGCCUCGUGUGUCUGUUGAUCCAGUGCCUGGUGGACCUGUUGAUUUAACGGGAGCAACCGUGGAAUUCAAGCAAGAUGGACACAUUGACAAUCCUUGGUAUAUUCUCAGGAUUCAAGGACCAAACAUGAUUGUGCCAUUUGAGAUGGCUACUACUAGUCUUGAAGAUGCUAACCGUUGGCAUGUUGCCAUCAGAGAAGCUGCUGAGAAUGCCUCUGCAGAUGAGGCAAAGAAUAAGCAAAUGGAACGCAUUUCUCGCAUUGCAAAAGAAAUGUCCAAUCUUGCUGUGUACUGUCGCUCUGUUGUAUUCAACACUGAUAAACUAAAUAGUGAGAGAAUGAUCUUUAACAUACAUGAAAUGUCAUCAUUUCCUGAAACUCAAGCUGAGAAGAUUAUCUGCCAAAAAGGGAGGAGCUAUUUUGUGAAAUAUCACCAGCAUCAACUGAGCAGAGUCUAUCCCAAAGGAUCCAGAGUUGAUUCAUCAAAUCCAGACCCCAUACCCUUGUGGAAUAUGGGUACUCAAAUGGUUGCUCUCAAUUAUCAAAAGCCAGAUAAGAGUAUGCAGUUAAAUCAAGCCAAGUUUCGAAUCAAUGGAUACUGUGGUUACAUCCUAAGGCCUGAGUUCACUUUUACCAAUGACUUUGAUCCCAGCAAACGCAGCCGUCUCUCUGGUGUUGAUCCUAUUGUUUUAAAUGUCCGUAUCUUAGCAGCCCGUCAUUUGACUCGGCCCGGACGUUCUUCUGUUAGUCCUUUUGUGGAAAUUGAACUUAUAGGUGCAGACUUUGAUUCAGGUGUUAAACUUACAACUAAGCCUGUUGCAGAUAAUGGACUAAACCCUACAUGGAAUACAGACUGUGAAUUUGAAAUUGCAAAUCCUAAUUAUGCUCUACUUCGUUUUGAAGUGCGAGAUGAAGAUAUGUUUGGAGAUCCUCAUUUCUUAGGACAGGCAACUUAUCAGGUCCAAGCUCUUCGUUCUGGCUUCCGCAGCAUACCAUUGAAAAAUGGCUAUAGUGAAGACCUCGAGCUUGCUACUUUACUGGUCCAUCUCACACUAACCCACAUGCAGCAAGAGCCGAACAGCCCAGCACUAAGUUUGCCAAAUGUUGAUGACCAAACAGUAGCCCUCCUUGACACAUAAAAUCACAAGCUACUCACGCAUUGGUGGUGUACUCCAAGGACUCUUCUCUUGAGUUCCAAUCAUUUUUGUUGUAUGUUUUUCUACUAUUUGUUUUUACUCAAAGCGCUCUCUUUUCUUAAAAAUAUUUUAGUAUGUUUUGUUACAUCACCAUUCUUUAUUAUGCAUUUUUAUUUGAGGCCACACAAUAGAUUUACCCUUUCUUGCUGUGAGCCUACUACAAUGUUGUGUAAUUUAGUUUUGAAAUUGCAUGUCUUAGUGAUACUUCUUAUAGUCAGUAUUUUUUGUGGCCUUGAACAAAGCCUCAACCUUCCUUGGACUGAAAUCUUUGUCUCCAUUUAAAGUGAGUACCCCAGACUGUACACGUUUUGUAACCAAAGAUACAAUGACUUGACUUUCAUUCAAGCUGGUACUAAAUGUUAUUCAGUAGGAUUUUUAUUGAAUACUUUUAUUUUACUGAGAUUGUUGCUACUUUUUUUUCACACAUAUCACCUAAUACCAAAUCAUUUUAACAUACAUAUUUAGAGUUUUAUUUAUCAACUGUUGGCUUGUCAAUUUUGUUAAGUAUUAGUCUACUCAAUUUAACAAUAUUUUUAUGUGUUAAAAUGUAUUAGAUUAGAACUAUUCAUUAUAAUUUAUUUGAUGUUGUAUUUCUGUCAUAUUAUAUGAAGCCAUGAUAUUUGAGGUCCAAUGUUUUAAUUUUAACAACCUUAUUUAGAAGGCAGCAGGAAAAAUUUGUUGAAAUGUAGGCUUUGCUCGGCUUUGCCCGGCUUUGCCCAACUUAUGUGUGGACAAUGUUUUUAAACAAAUUGUUUUGAUUCAUUAUUUUCUCCUGUUACCAAGGAGUCUUGUGAUAACCUGGAAAUUUUACCUUAUGCAAAUACUCAUCUAAGCAUAAACACCAAGAUAUUUUUAAACAUGUCAAUUAUUACCAUUACUUUGUACUUGACAACUACAUUACCAAGUUUUCUCAUAAAUAUAUUUUCUUCAACAAGCAGUGUCCAUAUUGUAGGUACUAUUCGUUAUUUACUACUUUUAAAAGGAAGAGCCAAUGAACAAUUUUACUUUUUAACUUUGGGGAUGUUUUCAAUGACAUGUUGUGGCUUAAACAAACUAAGUCAUUGUAGAGAAAUAUGAAUUGGUGUCAAGGGUUGUGUUACAGUAUUUUGGGCUUACAGGCAUUUUGUUUUUAUUUACUUUAGGUACUCCUUCCAUUUUCAUAUUUCUACGAUUGUUUCUAGAAUCUCUGAAUUUGCAUGGUUAUAUGUCAUUUUAUCAAUAAAAAAUACUGUAUUCACAACAUCA